CCCAGAGCUUGUCUUCUGAGCAGCCAUGGGACGCCGAGGCUUCGCAUUCCCUCCAAGCACAUGUCAGACUGAGACUCUGGGAAGAGAAUUCAUCACCUCCUACAUGGAGGACUGUGGGAACCCUAGUCAAUUUGAAGUGCAAAUUAGUGGCUACUUUGCCUUCACUUCAGUGUCUGUUUCCAUCUCCAAUUACAUGGGCAACGGGACAAGGUUUGAGAAGAAGAUUAUGGUAAAUCAGGGAGAGAUGGUGCAGGUCAGGUUACCAGAGUCAGUGGGAAUUAAGGGCUCUACCAAGUUCUCCAAGGUGGUCCUAGUCAAGGCUGACAAAGACAUCUCAGUAGUGUCUGUCAGCAACAAACAUGUGAUUUCUGAGACCACUGUGCUGUAUCCUGUCUCCAGCUUGGGAAAUGAACACUACAUAGUGACUCCCUCCACACAAUCCUUAGAUAGUUACCCAGAGUUUCUCUGGUUUAUGAUCGUACCAAGAUCCCCAACUCCGUUGGAGGUCUAUGUGAAAGGCAGUUUAACAUUAACCUAA